AUGUUUGCAGUGCAUAAGCUGCGAGACGCCAUCGAACCGACGCAAGCGGACUACGAUUUGCAGGGCAUCAUCGAACUGUAUUUCACCUGGCUCUUCCGGGAACACAAAUGGCACUUUGGCCACUUAUCCGACCCGAGACACAUGGUGAUCACGAGUCCGACUAGUAUGUCCGCUAUCGUAAGGAAAAAUCCCCCCUCCCCAUAUCAAAACGAUGUGUCUGAUGCUGGAUUUGUGUACACAAAUCAGAUUUGUCUUGCUGGCGAGGACUGCAGGCCCAUAUCAAGCCUGAGUAGACAGGUUUCGGCCUACGCGCUCGGAGCCUGUAGAUUUGCCUUCAUGCAAUACAGCGACGAGUGGCGGUCUCAAAUCAGCAUCACAAAUUUUCAGAAGUAUCCCGGUUUGGUAUGGGGAGGGGGGAUUUUUCCUCACAAUAUCCGCAGGCCUGGAUUCCGAGAUAGUACUGGAAUUGUUCCUCGAAAAUAAUUUUUCUUUCGGUCUGCCACCGCAGGGGGUACAACUGAGACAACAGCCUGGAGGAGGUGGAGGUUUUCCUGGUCGUGCUCCUGGGAGCAGUGCGCCGCCCGACUCGUCCGCCCUGACGGUGCUCGACAGAGCCAUGUGGCACCAAGAAAGCGAAGCAGCAGAGGUCGCUGCUGCGCAACGACAACAAUUCUCUUCGAGUCGCCAAGUUGUCGGCCUCCGCAUUCCGGAAACCUCCACGCUGCGCACCUACGCCGCCACAUCGGAUUAUACGCGUCGUGAUAAUACCUAC